AUGGCAUUGGAUGCAGAAGAUACACAUAAUUAUAUGCUACUGGUCUAUAUCCUCGUUAAUAUCUGUCAGCCGUACCUUGAUUAUAUUCGAAAUUGGGUAACGAAAGGCCUUCAUACGGAUUACUACGACGAAUUUGUUCUUGAAGUGGAUUCUACUUACUUAUCGGUUCAAGAUCGAUCGUUUUGGAAUAAUGGCUUUAAAAUACGGAAAGGCAUUAUAGAUGAUACUGUACCAAUUCUAUCACAUGAUUGUUUGCAAGAUAUCCUUGUUUGUGGCAAGUCGUUAUACUUACUACGGCAAUGUUGUCCCAACCAUAUAAUUCUAGCGACUGAUCCUCCUUUAUUUAAAUUCGUACUAAAUGAGGAAGACAUCAAUACGGCUAUGACUGCACUAAUGGAGUAUAAGGAAAAAAUCCGAAAUCUUCAAGAGUUUGAGGAUAAGAAACGAAAAGAGGAGAUUAUGAACAAAGAAAAGGUCAAGCGGGCCAUAUUACUGGAAGAGCAAGCUGUUAUAGCUGAGAAGAUUAAGAAAAGGAAACGAAUGCAACUAGAAGAAAGGCGUUUGCUCCAAGCCUCGAAAGAGAAUCAACUUAAUCAGAUUAAGCGACAAAUAGAGGAUCAUCAACAGAAACAAAAAAUUAGGGUUACAGAAGAAAUGUUAUCGGAACAGCAAGAAAUAUCGGUUAAUCAACAACACCAAUUUACAACGGCUUCUAUAGCGCCAAAGUUGAAAGACGACGUUAGGGAAGCGUUAGAGUCUCAUUACGAAGAGUUGUCUUUGGAAGCUAGUAAAAGGGAGUUCUUGGCUCGAUGGCAAAGCUCUCGAUUUCAACUGCACGAAAAGAGAAAAAAAUUUUAUGACGAUUCUAUAGUGAAACUUCAGGGAGCUCUGCAAAGUUAUGGUCAUCAAGAUAGUGCUACAGCAGACGUUGCUAUGCAUGACGGAAUAAUUAAAGAAUCCUCCUCUAGUGUAAAGUCUCAGUAUUCAGAAGAAGAAAGCUCUAGUAUUCAAGACUUACGGGAUUCUCCCGUUAAUCCAGAAUUAAUAUCUGUUGCAGUUAGUGAUUACGAAUCUCCGAAUUCAUAUGCUAAGGAUGCGAUAACCAGUUCAUUAAAACCUAAAAAUAAUAACUAUGAGGCGCUCGUUACCAAUAACGUGACUCCAGAAAAUACCAUCUCAAAAGCAGAUACUAUAAUUAGGCCUUUAAAAAGUAAUACCAUCGAAUUAAAUGUGGAAUCCGAUGAACUUGAUCAGAUGAGGAGAACAUCAUCAAAAAAUUCGGUUGUUUCUGGGAAGAUUGCAUUAAUAGAAGAUAAGGGGAAACCUUUAUCCAAUGGAGCGCAGGAAAUAAAAUCUCAAAUUUCGAGCAAACAGCAAUAUUUACAAAAUGAUCCUGGCAAUCAGGACCUGUUACGAACCAAUAGCUAUAGUCCACUUGAAAUAGCUAAGAGUCUUUCAAUUCAAAAAGAGGAAACGGUAGUAAUCAAUGAUAGUUUUAUGACAGAUUGUCUAGGAAGUCUCCCUAACAAUGCUGUGAAUCAAAGCCGCAUACUUGGCGAUGACUGUAUUAAUAAUUCUAACAAUUCUAUGCAAUCAAAUAGUGCGGAAAAUCCUAAAUCUAUUCCAACGUUGUCAUUGGAAACAGUAAUGAGAAAAGCCGUUGUUCCACAAUUACGGCUACAAAUCUCGCUUGUUAACGAUGCGGUACUCAGAUACUUCAAGGAUGACUUAGAUAUUUACCGGCAUAUUGAAAUUUUAAGAAGUUUACUGUUAAUGGCGGAUUCAGAAUUUUCAAUGUCAUUGACAAGCCAGUUAUUUGACAAGGUUCCUUGGCCUUGCAAUAUUAUUAUUACUGACUCUUGUUUAACAGUAUACAGCAAGAUUUGGUCUUUUUUACUACAACUCAAACGUGUUGCUUGGGCUUUAAGAGAUUGCUGGUUAAGACUGAAGUGUGCCCUACAUGGCAGACAAGUUGGAAGCUUUCAAUAUUCUCGAUUACAACACUUUCGUUACGAAAUGUUGCAUUUUGUUAAUGUUAUACAAAGUUAUUUUGAAAAUCAAAUAAUCACUGUCUGCUGGGAAGAAUUUAAACAGUGCGUUGCAAAGGCUCGUAACUUGGACGAAUUAUAUAGUUAUCAUAUGGAGUAUCUAAAAAAGGGAGAGUACCGGUCAUUACUAGGAUCUAAAGCAAAACCGGUCAUGCAAAUCAUUUCAUCUAUCUUUGGGGUUAUUAUCAAUUUUCACUUUAAUUUGACUAUGGGUUCAUGGAUCGUUGAUCUAAAUGGAGAAUUAAUACAUACCUCUUUUGUGAAACUGGAAGAGUUUUAUGAAAGAUUUAGAGAGUACUGCAAAUUUUUGUUUCUAGGUAUUAAAAUUGUUGUUACUAACUGA